CAGAGCGAUCAAAUUGCCUUUAGCCAUUGGCAGGAAGUCAGCACCCAAUCCGACGAUCCGAUCAUCAAACCCAUCGCCACCCACAUGCUCGGAUGGAUGCACUAUCUCGGCCGCGGCACUGUGCGGGACCAACUGAAGGGCGUCAAGGCGAUUCAAGACAGUCGAUCGAUUGGGUUUCCGUUCGGCGAAAACGAGUGCCUGGCUGCACGGCUGUGGACCGCUUGUGGUCCUCCAGCAUCCCGCAAGUUCUUUGGAUUGUGCCAGUCUGGAUCGGACCGAGACUGGUUGUGCAGGCAUCUGACGGCCGUGUGUCUGAUCGAGGGCUUUGGCACCCGGCGAGACAAAUCAAGAGGAGUCGAGAUUGCCGAGCAGCUCGCACACGACGGCCAUAGCGAUAGCCAGUACUGGAUCGGAAGAUGCUACUACUUUGGCUGGGGAGUGGUGGAAGAUCACAAGAAGGCACUCGAGUGGUUCAGCAAAUCGGCCGACCAGGGCAACUCGUACGGACAGUUGGGAGUCGGCGAAUACUGCUACUUUGGCGACGGGGCUGCCGAGGACCACGCCAAAGCAUUCGAAUGCUUCCGCCUGUCGGCCGAGCAAGGCAAUCGGCACGGGCAGCUCGGGCUCGGAGCAUGUUUCAAGAAUGGCUAUGGAGUCACCCGGGACAUUGACACUGCCCUCUUCUGGUACCGCAAGUCUGCCGAGUCGGGUCUCCGAGAGGCCCUCGAUUCCCUCGAGGAGCUUGGCCAGUAGUCCUGUCCGACGAUCAACUCUCGAUGGGCUUGCAGUAUGACCAAGCGGACAUGGCGAAACAGCCCAUCAGGGUCCGACAACCUCGGGGUCGGUGGGUCUGCGGCGACGGCGGCCGUCCUUGCAACACCGGGGUCGCCUGUCCUCGGGCCUGCUGGUCCCUGGCACAAAAUGAUUGCAAGGCCGUCUGGUCCUUGCCUGUGCCCUCCCCAUGGACAGUGCCUGCCCAACCGCCGUGGGCCUGUGCCUCGAGUGGUUGGCUGCCCCCACCCAUCCACCACAACGACAUCCACAGCACAUCCACAGCACAUCCACAGCACAACCACCACCGCAACCCUCUUGGUCUGGCCAUAGAGUUUCACGCACAAACGCAGCUGGCUUGCAGAUUCCAAUGCAUUCGCACACCUAGCCUGUUUCUCCAGGUGCAUCCACAAUAUAUCCCGUCCCGGCCUCGCGCCUUGAUCCACGGCGGGUCUUGUCAU